AAACAAUCGGUUCCAUAAGUCAGUGAUUCGGAGCCAAAAUGCGUGUCCGUGCACGUGUAGCUGUGUUGAUCUACGGGGUUCUGCGAAUGUAACGAAUGACUGCAUGCAAUGGUGAAUGUAGUUUAGAUAGCUAGACACUAUUUGCAGUUUCUUCAUACAGAAAGUAAACUUCACAUGGCGAGAGGAAGAAGGGCUCAGACAGACUCGUCUGCUUCGUGGCAGACCACGAAGAAAAGACUGAAUGAUGAGUCUGCUCAAACUCUCUCCAAGAAGCCGAAAGCUCAUAGAGAAGAAACCUUCAUACAGGCAAGUGUGAAAUUGAUUGGAGGUCAUAAGAAAUUGGGCCAAACAAGUAUACUUCACUACAUCUACAAAAGCUCCUUGGGACAGAGCAUCCAUUCUCAUCAUCUGCGCCAGUGUCUGCAGGAGCCUUUCAAACGCUCGCUAAGAGGCUACAAACUGCACCGCACAGCCAGCCCCUUUGACCGGAGGGUCACAUGUCUAGAUUGGCACCCCACCCAUUCCACCACUGUUGCUGUGGGCUCCAAGGGUGGAGACAUCAUCCUUUGGGAUUGUGAUGCGCUGAAUAAGACAACAUUCAUACAGGGGAUGGGUGCUGGAGACUCGAUAACAGGCAUGAAGUUUAACCAAUUCAAUACCAAUCAGCUGUUCACCUCAUCUAUUUGUGGUGCCACCACCCUGCGGGAUUUCAGUGGAUCGGUUAUACAAGUCUUUGCCCAAACAAAUUCAUGGGAUUACUGGUACUGCUGUGUGGACGUGUCUGUGAGCCGUCAGAUGCUUGUGACUGGGGACAAUAAUGGAAGACUUCUCCUGCUCGGCCUGGAUGGACAUGCGAUUUUCAAUGAGAAGCUUCACAAAGGAAAAGUGACCCAUGCAGAAUUCAACCCUCGUUGUGAUUGGCUGAUGGCAACAUCCUCUGUUGAUGCUACGGUCAAACUGUGGGACCUCAGAAAUAUUAAAGACAAAAGUAGUUAUCUUACUGAAAUGCCUCAUGAGAAACCAGUCAAUUCUGCGUAUUUCAAUCCCACUGACAGCACCAAGCUCCUUACUACAGACCAAAUGAACCAGAUCAGAGUGUACUGCUCAUAUGACUGGUCUAAACCUGAUCAAAUUAUUCUUCAUCCUCAUAGGCAGUUCCAGCACCUAACAUCCAUCAAGGCAACCUGGCAUCCCAUGUAUGACCUCAUUGUGGCUGGCCGGUACCCUGACGAUCGUGUCCUGGUCAAUGACAAGAGAACUAUUGACAUUUAUGAUGCAAACACUGGUGGGCUUGUGCAUCAGCUGAGAGACCCCAAUGCAGCGGGUAUCAUAUCUCUCAACAAAUUCAGUCCAACAGGGGAUGUACUUGCAUCUGGAAUGGGCUUUAACAUUUUGAUCUGGAACCGAGAAGACACACUGAACAUUGUUAACCAAAAGCAUUCAACAGAGAGAGUGGAUGAAGGUAGAAGCCUAGUUGGAACCUCCAGAUCCUCCAGAAGAAACAGAAGAACAUCUGCUGAAGAUGCCAAGCUCAAGAAAAAGCUCUCAUCACUGUCAUCAACAGAGACCAAGUCAAAGACCAAGAGCAAAACAGAAUGCAAGACAUCAAAAGGAAAGAAGUGA